GUCGUCUGUGGUGUCGGGUGCGUCUGUCAUUCAUUGAACCAAAACGAAGAAGUAAAACAGCAGUUCAAUCUACUGUGGCGUAGACAACAUUUUGAUAUAAAACAAUUUAAAUCCCAGAAUGCAUUUCAGGAACAUAAAACCCAGAACUGUACUCGGGACUGUUGUGUUUGGUGUCUUCCUGAUACUGAUAACACAUUUUAACUAUAACGCCUAUAUAGAAAUAAAACUACGCUCUUCUCAUUUAGAGACAUUAUGUCGUUCCAAUUCCACUAACAAUAUUCAAUAUGCAAUGGUCAAUUUACGAAUGAAGGGAGGAUUAAUCGAUAAUGGGAGUAUCAUAGCAACAAGAAUGACUUUUAACACUAGUUUGAUUGUACAUUGUAAAAAAUCACCUUAUGUUGAUUGCGUACCAACAAUCAGGGGAAACAACCAAGUUAAUAUAUCGACAGGAAUAAGGAAACCAAGAGUUGCGUACUUUAGAAUAAAUACGUGGUCUGGCUUUUCAAAAAGCACUUUCAGCUUUUCCCAUUGUGAGUACAACAACUGUAUAGUUGAGACAGAGGUCACCAACAUGACGGAUGUUGUGGCCAUCUACGGCGUCAUCAUGGUCAGCAGCGAGAGAUUUAAAAACCUCAAAUCAAGAUGGCCGCAUCAGUUGUACGUUCUGAUGGGCUGGGAAUCUCCAUUUUUAUUCUAUGGAUUUAUGGAAGAAAAAUCGUCAGAAUGGGAAAUGGCCUUCAACCUGUCCAUGACGUAUAGAGUGGACUCAGAUAUCUUCACGCCUUACUCCAGACUUGCCUUCAAACCGCAGCCGUUAAAUGAACGACCAAACUACAGGGAGAUAGCGAGGAAUAAAACAAGAUCAGUGAUGUGGCUUUGUGGCCAUUGUUUGGUGGAGUCAAAGAGAUACGAAUACAUCAAGGAAAUGAGGAAAUACAUCGAUAUUGACGUGAGGGGAGAGUGUGGAAAAUCCUGCGAUGAAGAACCAUCUUGUAUCAGGUCAAUGACUUCCACAUACAAAUUCUACCUGUCGUUCGAGAACUCACUCUGUCAAGAUUACAUCACGGAGAAAUUUUUCAAACUUUUUAACAAAGACAUCCACGUUGUACCAGUUGUGAGAGGAAAAGUGGACUACGAGAAAUAUUUUCCGGAGAACACUUUCAUAAACGCGGCCAAUUUUAGAACGGCCAAAGAUUUGGCCUUAUUUCUGCUAAAACUGGGCUCAGAUAUUGAGAGUUACAGCAAGUAUUUAGAACACAUAGAUCUCUAUAGAGAAACAGACGACUAUCUAAAGACGGCAGGCUGUACUUUAUGUAAAGCUCUAAAUACCAAGAAAAUGGAGCCGAAAGUUUACAAUAUAAGAGAGUGGUUUGUAGGUGGAAGUCAAUGUGACCAAAAUCCAAAGGAUUUUGUUUAAUAUUUAGCCUUUAAAUACAAUUUA